AGAGUAGAGAGCCCGGUCCCCAACAUAAAGAGGGGAAACCCCUUCCUUCCCUUCAUUCGCUUUAUUUUAUUCUCUUCGUUUCGAAGUCUUCUCCAUCCAAGCGCGCGCUACUAGACCAGGCAGAAAAUGGCGGGAAAAGGCGGGAAGGGGCUUUUGGCGGGAAAGACCACUGCUGCCAACAAGGACAAGGAUAAGAAGAAGCCAGUCUCCCGGUCCUCCCGAGCUGGUCUCCAGUUUCCAGUGGGCCGAAUUCACAGACAGCUGAAGUCAAGGAUAGCUGCCAAUGGUCGUGUUGGUGCCACAGCAGCAGUCUAUUCUGCUGCUAUCCUUGAGUACUUAACAGCAGAGGUCCUAGAAUUGGCAGGAAAUGCAAGCAAGGAUCUGAAGGUGAAGCGUAUCACUCCAAGGCAUCUGCAGCUGGCCAUCAGGGGGGAUGAGGAGCUCGACACACUGAUCAAGGGCACAAUUGCAGGUGGUGGUGUGAUUCCUCACAUCCACAAGUCUCUCAUUAACAAAUCUUCCAAGGAUUGAAAUCUUGGUUUAGUUAGGUUUCUUGACCCCAUCCCCCAUUCUAUACCCUUGUAGGUUUGUUAUUCCCACUGUUUUUUGUGUUUUAACUGUUAAACAUGUCAUUGGAUGUAUGUGUUUUUAUGGGCCUUUCUGACUCGAAUUAAUGUUAUUUUUACUUUCUUGUGUA